GGUUAUCUGGUGUAGCCUGCCGCCAAUCUAUCCUUCGAUUCCUCCCAUUAAAAUACGGACACUACUGUACUCUACUCCUUUCUCUCUCCUCCUUCCCUCCCAUUUCCCACACUCCCUCAGAUCACACUCAUCAAUUCCCCCAAUUUCAUCGACAUUCAAAACCCUAAAUCUCCAAUAAAAUGCCCAAUUAAACCUCAGAUCUAACCAAAUUAUCCAAUAAUGGGCCAUCCAAAUCUUCCAUCCUCCAAAAAACCAGGAAAACAAUGGAAACUUCUAGACCUAAUUACCGCAUUCUUCUUCGGAAUUGUAAUCCUCUUCUUUCUCCUCAUCUUCACCCCUCUCGGUGAUCCCCUUGCCGCUUCGGGUCGUCAGACUUUGCUCCGAGCCUCUGCUUCGGAUCCGAGGCAACGCAAGAAGCUCAUUGUCUCCUUAGAAGAAACCACCGGCGGUGGUCAUUUGAUCGAUGUCUGCCCGGCGGAGUUUGUUGAUUACAUGCCUUGUGAAGAUCCUAAGAGAAAUAGUCAGUUGAGUAGAGAAAUGAAUUUUUAUAGGGAGCGUCACUGCCCGCUGCCCGAAGAUUCUCCUCUUUGUUUGAUCCCUCCUCCUGAGGGUUACCAAGUUCCUGUUCAUUGGCCUCAGAGCUUGCAUAAGAUUUGGCACUCGAAUAUGCCAUACAACAAGAUUGCUGAUAGGAAAGGACAUCAAGGAUGGAUGAAGAGAGAAGGGGAACACUUCAUUUUUCCUGGUGGGGGGACAAUGUUUCCAGAUGGAGCAGUACAGUAUAUUGAGAAGCUUAAGCAAUAUAUUCCUAUUUCUGGCGGAUCCUUGAGGACGGCUCUUGACAUGGGCUGCGGGGUUGCUAGUUUUGGGGGUUACCUUUUGUCAGAAAAUAUUAUGGCCCUCUCUUUUGCUCCUAGAGACUCACACAAAUCUCAAAUCCAAUUUGCCUUGGAAAGAGGACUACCAGCUUUUGUUGCCAUGCUUGGGACACGUAGACUCCCAUUUCCUGCAUUCUCAUUUGACUUGGUUCACUGUUCGAGAUGUUUGAUCCCGUUUACUGCCUACAAUGCAUCAUACUUCAUUGAAGUGGAUCGUGUACUUCGUCCAGGGGGUUAUGUUGUAAUCUCUGGCCCUCCUGUGCAGUGGGCCAAACAAGACAAGGAAUGGGCUGAUCUUCAGGCAGUGGCUAGGUCAUUGUGUUAUGAGCUUAUUGCUGUUGAUGGGAACACAGUCAUCUGGAAGAAGCCUACAGGAGAUGCAUGCCUCCCUAAUCAAAAUGAUUUUGGGAUUGAUAUGUGUGAGGAGUCUGAUGAUCCGAGUUAUGCAUGGUACUUCAAAUUGAAGAAAUGUGUGAGCAGAAUGUCGUCUGUUAAAGGUGAUAUUAGUGUUGGGGCCAUACCCAAAUGGCCAAAGAGACUGACUAAAGCUCCUACCCGAGUUACUCAGAUGAAAAACGGCUUAGAUGUUUUUGAAGCUGAUGCUAGAAGGUGGGCAAGGAGGGUUUCCUAUUACAAGGAUUCCUUGAACUUGAAGCUAGGGACGUCAGCUGUACGCAAUGUGAUGGAUAUGAAUGCAUUCUUUGGAGGAUUUGCGGCAGCUCUUGUGUCAGACCCUGUAUGGGUUAUGAAUGUAGUACCUCCGCAUAAGCCUUCAACACUAGAUGUGAUUUAUGACAGAGGUCUUAUUGGUGUCUAUCACAAUUGGUGCGAGCCUUUCUCAACCUAUCCUCGAACUUAUGAUUUCCUCCAUGUAUCUGGUAUUGAGUCAUUAAUAAAGGAUUCGACAUCAGGCAAGCAAAGAUGUCACCUAGUGGAUGUGAUGGUAGAAAUGGAUCGGAUAUUACGUCCAGGGGGGACGGUGGUGGUGAGAGAUUCACCUGAAGUUAUCGACAGAGUACACCGUGUUGCUCAUGCUAUGAGAUGGGAUUCCAGCAUCCAUGAAAAGGAGCCCGAUUCAAGUGGGAGGGAGAGAAUUCUUGUGGCUACUAAAACCUUGUGGAAAGCAGAUCAUUAACACGGAUAUAGUGACUUAGUCCAUGUAGUGUAACAUUUUUUUGGGAAUUAUCUGUUUAUUACAUAUCUAUAUAUCUCAAGGAAAACUUUCUAUUCCAUUCACAAAA